AUCAGUGAUCGGUGAGCCGAGUUAGCAGCCAGACGCAUUCCUUCUCCAGUCUUGCAAGUAACCCGAAAAUCAAACCAUCAACAUGAAAGCCGUGAUCUUUGUGCUCGCCGUCGUGGUAGCCAUGGCCGGAAAAGCCCACGCCGCAUGCUCCGCCGUUCCUCAAUAUACGGAAAAGAUCGAUCCUGUCAAUUGCCCACAGUCAGGAUUCAAGUUGCCCAACUAUGAGAACGCCUCCGUGUACUACCAGUGCACCGCACAGUUACAGUCCGAUGGCAGCAUAGUGGUGACUGGCGUCUUGACCAGCUGCGGUGAAGACACCUACUUCAACUAUGCCUUGCAGAGAUGCGUGGCCUGCGCCAAUUACUUCCCAAGCGCCCAGUGCAGCAGUCUGCCCAUCAAUGUGACCUGUGUGCCCAUCUCCACCGUUACCACUGUGGCCCCCACAACCGGAACCACCAUUGCUCCCACCACCGCGUCCCCCACUACCGCUGCUUCCACCACUGCGGCACCUGGCGAGUCCACCACUGCAGCACCUGGCGAGUCUACCACCGUCACGGUGCCCGUACCACCAACUGAAGCUCCUGGCAGCACCACGGCCUCCGGCAGUGACGACAUCAUUACCCCGACUGGUACCACCAUCUCCGUGCCCCAGCCCCCCUCACCCAGUGACAGCAACGUGCCCACUCCGGUGACGCCCGCGCCCACAGCUCCUGUCAUCAACGACGGUCCUCCGACCGCACCUUCGGCUGCCACCAAAUAAGUCCUCGAGUUGAUUCUAUCCAAAACCCCAGAUUUUGUGGCUGAAUAAAGUGUUGGCGCACACACACACACACAUUAUGAAAAGGAAAUAAUUUUUAGUUUUUAACAGCACCAUAAUAAGUUUGAUUACAAGAAAAUCUGAUUGUAAGCUAUCAACGAUAAAAACGCAUAGACAUAUAUAACUGUUUUUUGCC